GGUCAACACCGCGUUUCCAGUAGCUAGAGUUAUAUUAUUUAUCAAGAAAUGUCUUUAGUAUGACCUUCAUCAGUUGGUACCUCUCAUCUUCUUAUUGUUUAAUUUGGUGGUUGUUGUAGAUUAAACUAGUAAGAUCCUCUACAUCAAGUAACCUUGCUGGUUUAUUUGAUAAGAGCAUAGUUGGCAUUAUCUUUCUUUGUUAACAUAAGUUCGAUGACGGACAGGUCAAAUGGGGUGGUAAUCCUUAUCACUCUGUUGAAUAUCUUGGUUUAUAAGCUCCGGAAGCUCGAAGAAGCACAGCAAACUAAACUCCAAGAACUGCAAACCAAACUCCAUGAAGCGCAAACCAAGCUCCAAGAAGUGCAGGAAACUAAAAUCAAAGAACUGCAAACCAAACUCCAAGAAGUGGAAACUAAACUCCAAGAAGCCGAGGAAGCCAAACUCCGGGAACUGCAAACCAAACUCCAAGAAGCGCAAACCAAACUCCUAGAAGCGGACGAAACCAAGUUCCAAGAAGCAAAGCAAUCCAUUCGUUUACCUUUGUCUGUAAGACAAUUAUGUCGGCGUUUUACCCUUAAAGAAAUCCAAUGGGCAACAAAUAACUUCCAGGAAGAGUUUGUGAUUGGGAGAGGUGGGUUUGGACUGGUUUAUAAAGGUAUCAUCGACUAUAAACAGGGGACUGUUGCUAUAAAGCGGUUAAAGUUACUGUCUAAGCAAGGAAGCAAGGAAUUUCAAACAGAAAUUGAGAUGCUUUCCAAGUUUCAACACAGCCAUUUAGUCUCCCUUAUUGGUUAUUGCGAUGAUUAUGAGGAGAUGAUCCUAGUUUAUGAUUAUAUGUCUCGGGGAACCCUUGCUGAUCACUUGCAUAAAAAGGUUAAAAAAGGUGACAGUUGUUUGCCGUCUCUAACAUGGAUUCAGCGCCUCAAGAUUUGCAUCGGAGCAGCACAUGGACUAGACUACCUUCACACUGGUACAAGCACUGAGAACAGAGUUAUACACAGAGAUGUCAAGAGUACAAACAUUUUGCUGGAUGAGAAUUUUGCAGCUAAACUUUCGGACUUCGGAUUGUCCAAAAUAGGUCCAGCUAAUCAGACAUGUACAUAUGUAAGUACUCGCGUCAAGGGCACACCUGGUUAUCUUGACCCAUAUUAUGUCGCAACUCAUAGAUUAACCAGGAAAACCGAUGUCUAUGCCUUUGGUGUAGUGUUAUUUGAGGUUUUGUGUGGAAGACCAGCAUUGGAUAUGAGUCGGAAUGAAGACCAAAUGAACUUAGCUGGAUGGGUACAACAUUGCUUACAAGAGGGAUUCUUGGACAAGAUAAUUGAUCCCAGGCUCAAGUGGGAGAUAUCCUCUGAUUCCUUGAAUACUUUUGUGGACAUUGCUGUCAAGUGUUUACAUUAUCAACCCAAGCACCGUCCUACUAUCGCCGAGGUUGUUGUGAGCCUUGAGUCUGCAUUGAGAUGCCAAGUAAAGAGUGCAGAUUAUUCGUUGUUUGAGAUAAUGCCGAUUGAUUAUCCUCAAGAAGAAGCAGAUUGUUCAGUGCCCGAGGUGAAAAAUACUGACCAUGACAAAGGAUAUGCGUUAACAGGAAUAGGGACUGUAAAUGAUCCAAGUGCUGGGCAUCGCAAUAAGCAGAAAUUGACAUUUUCAGAAAGGGUCAGUGGUAUUUUUUCACGUACAGCUCAGGGGUUGUCAGGGGAAGGGAUUGCAAAUUUGUCCAAUGUUUCACAUCGCAAAAAGAAGAUAACACUGACAAAAAGAAUUGGUGGUCUUCUUUCAGUUACAGCUCGGGUGUUUUCAGUUAAAAGACAUGCAAAGACAUCAAUGGUACCAACAUCAGUGAUACCAACAUCAAUGGUACCAACACCUUGGAACCAGGAUGAUGUUUUAAAGUCAUCAAAUUUGAAGAGUUUCGCAUACAAUGAUCUAAGGAUAGCUACCAGGAACUUCCGUCCUGACAGUGUUUUAGGGGAAGGAGGUUUUGGUUGUGUUUAUAAGGGUUGGAUUGAUGAGAACACAUUUGCAGCUGAAACAUGGGGUACUGGCUUGGCUAUUGCAGUGAAGAAAUUAAAUAUAGAAGGAUAUCAAGGUUACGAGGCGUGGUUGGCAGAAAUCAGUUGCCUGGGUACGCUUUGUCAUCCUAAUCUUGUGAAAUUGAUCGGGUACUGCUUAGAAGAUGAGCGACGGUUUCUAGUAUAUGAGUUCAUGGCUCAUGGCAGCCUGGACCUGCAUCUAUUCAGAAGAAGUGCGAACAAUCAAUUGCUCACUUGGAAUCUUCGUAUGAGUAUUGCUCUUGGUGCAGCCAAGGGGCUUGCAUAUCUUCACAGUCCUGAAGCAAAUGUGAUUCAUCGGGAUUUCAAAACAUCCAAUAUAUUGAUUGAUUCUAAUUAUGAGGCAAAACUCUCUGAUUUUGGGAUGGCAAAAGAUGGACCAGACAAUGAAAGAAGCCAUGUGUCUACAAGAGUUAUGGGAACGAAUGGUUAUGUAGCUCCGGAAUAUUUGGCUACAGGUCAUAUAACAAUGAAAAGUGAUGUCUAUAGCUUUGGAGUUGUGCUUCUAGAAAUUUUGACUGGACGAAGAGUGAAUGACCGAAACCGUCCAAAAGCAGAGCAGGACCUUGUUGCCUGGGCAAAGCCUCACCUUCACAGCAAACGCAAGUUUUCACGUGUAAUGGAUCCGCAGAUUGAAGGUCAAUAUCCUCGCAAAGAAGCAUUUCAAGCUUCUUGCCUCGUACUUGCAUGCCUCUCGUAUGAUCUUAAAUCAAGACCUGAUGCAAAAGAGGUGGUAGAAGUAUUACAGAAGCUUCAGAAUUCGUAUAACUCAGAGCGCAUCAGUGGUGAAGCCCUCCAGAAGGUCCAAAUACAUCGCCAUAAUAUAGGAGAAGAAACACUCAAAUCUGUGGCAGGUACUAGAGCAAAAUAAAGUCACCAUCAUCUACAUUUUUAAAGAGAGAACAUACAAAAGAGUUCAAGUUGCACAUGCACCAAGAAAGUUUAUAUCUUGGUUGAAUCAGUGGAGCAAAAUGUUUUACUGUACAGUUUUGUUAUAAACGUCUUGUUGAUAAUAAUUGGACUAUUGGAGGGCAGAAAGAGUAUGCAAAUCUUGCUGAAUAAACUUGAACAAGAUGAAAUUGUUAUUGUAAAUCAGUAGGAAGAACAGUUAUACUAUGUACAAAGAACAGAUAUGAUCAAAGUGAUGAAGAUGAAGUGUUUUAACUGCUUUGUACA